UCAUGGCCUGCGGCUGGGGGGCUGGAUUCCUUGCGAAUACGACGCCCAAGCCUGCGCAUCCAGCAGGCCGACCGGGGUCUGGCGGUCAGCGAGCUUGACCAGCUGUCGGAUGAUGAAUCAUCUCUUCUCUCUUCUCUCGGCUUCCCUCCUCGUUUAGCUCGUUCCCAGGGCCAAACCGUCGUGCGGGAUGGCGUCACUCCUGAAUAAUAUCAUUGAAUUAACGAUGUGAUGCCAUUCUCUGGCGUUGACGUGCUAUCACUGCUACUCUCCUACUGCUCCAAAGUACUCCGUAUGGCUAGUAUUAUUAAUGGCGCCUAUUAUUAUUACAUAUCAAACUGCCCUGCCUGCUGCCAACUUCUGCGUCUCCAGAUCGUCCUUCGGCGGGAUGGAGGUUUCGUCGCAUUGCAUGCCCAAAAGGGGCCACACACAGCGCUGGCUGGCUGGGCGCGCGCCCACCGACCAAGCAAUUAGCCCAUAAUUUAUUAUUAUUAUUAUUAUAUGUACAUCGAUUAACAGAAGAACUUUUCCCCUGCUGCUCCCCAUGAUCACUAAUGCAGCUCAACCUGAGACUUCAACAGUCUUUGCUUCUUCUUCUUCUUCGCUUUUGCUUCCUUCUGGUCCCUCCUUUUUCUCUCCCUCCUUUCGCUUUCUCCACCUUAACUCCGGCUUUGCCUCCACCCGAACGGGCUUCAAUGAUGACUCAUCGGAUGCUCGGCGCCGUAGUCACAUGACUCUCGGGCCUUCGGGCUCUUCGCUGGCCUCGAUCUCGGACUUACAAGCCCCCUAUGCCUCCGUUAACUCAUAUUCUCUGAUUAUUAUCAUAUUUAUAAUUACUACUACUACUACUACUACGGUGGACAGACCAAGAGUUGAUCAAAGAUCAGGGCCAGACCUUCUUUCUCUCCCUUACUCAAGGUGGAAGAUGCUCGGCCAGGCUUCAUGGGCUGAGACUCCAAGGUAGUUGAUCUCUCCGCCCCAAGCCUAGGCACCAGGACCUUGGAGAUGUGUCAAGUAAACAACGCAUAAACUACUCUGUCUAGUGCAUCGCGGUAACAUUGUUGCCUGGCUAACGACAGCGUGGCCUGAUGAUGCUUCGCAACGCAUACAUACUCGGUUAUGUACAUAAUCUCGCUGCCUGGCUGCGAGAAUAGGCACCUCUUCAGACAUGGGUGCGAUGAC